AUGGCUCAAGGCGGGGGCGACGGCGGGGCGGACCGGCUGGCCACGGCCGCCGCGCGCGGGGACCUGGAGGCGGUGCGGCGGCUGCUGGACUCCGGAGCGGACCCCAACGCGGCGAACUCGUUCGGCAGGACCCCCAUCCAGGUUAUGAUGAUGGGAAACCACCAUGUGGCAGAGCUGCUGCUUCAGAGAGGAGCCAACCCAAACCAGCCAGAUCCACAUACUGGCUCCCUCCCGGUGCAUGACGCGGCUCAGGAAGGCUUCCUUGAGACUCUGCAGGUGUUGUUCCGAGGGGGUGCUCGCUUGGAUCUGAGGGACCAGUGGGGCCGCCUCCCGCUUGACCUCGCCCCAGAGAGCGUCCAGAGCGCCCUGGUCAAUUACCUGUGAACCUUGGUUGGCUGA